AUUUGUUUGAUUCCAGGCGGCUGUUUCUGGGUUUUCCAGUACAAACAGGAGGGAAAAGCCGAAGGGUGGAGACCAGGUCUGACAUCAGAGUAACGUGGAUCCACUCUUUUAAGAGUCAGGCCAUGCCAUGUGCUCACUAAAGCACGACACACUGGAAAGGGGCACAUCAGCGGGAGAAAGCACACAUCUGGAUUCACUUUUUGGACGAGUGAGAAACAUGGAGCACGACAUACAAGCAACAACACCAUCCAUCUUUUCCACAAUCCCUACGGCUUUCUCCAAGAGCAACCUUACCAACGACACCCAGUGUCCGCAAUGGGAAGUGUGGGACUGGUUGUACAUAAUGCAGCCUGCUUACAUGUUCAUCAUCUGUGUGCUGGGAAUCCUGGGAAACAUCUUCGUCCUGCUGGUCUUCGGCCUGCAUAAGAAAGCGUGUACGGUGGCAGAAAUUUAUUUGGGGAAUCUUGCAGCUGCCGACCUCCUGUUGGUCUCGUGUUUGCCGUUCUGGGCUAUCAACAUCGCUGAUGGGUUUAAAUGGCGAUUUGGCUCGCUCAUGUGCCGACUAAUCAACACAGGGAUCAGAAUGAACAUGCUUUGCAGUAUUUACUUACUAGUGUUGAUUAGCGCAGACCGCUAUGUCGCACUCGUCCAUGCUUUAUCGCGUGGUAGAAUGAGACGACCGCGCUAUGCCAAGCUCAACUGCAUCGCCGUAUGGUUUUUCGGAUUAAUCCUAAGCAUCCCCACGCUUCAUUUCCGGGAUACUCAAUUCAUCCCGGAGCUGAACAUCACGGCUUGUAUUCUGAACUAUCCGAACCCCAACAUCGGCCUCGCUUGCGACAUUCUUCUGAUCUUGCUAGGCUUCAUCAUCCCGUUUUUGGUGAUCUCCUACUGCACGCUGAAGAUCAUCCGAGCUCUGCGCGAGCAGGUCCUCGACCGCUUCAAUGCGGAAAACACUGAAAGGAAAGCCACCGUCCUGGUGCUGGUGGUGCUGAUGGUGUUUCUCUUGUGUUGGGUGCCGUUCCACAUCGUGACUCUCAUGGAUAUCCUGAUGCGCUUCGGCGUCUUCAGCGGAUGUGACUUUCAAUCUGGUCUGGACAUCUCCAAUCAGAUAUUCACCUACUUGGCUUUGAGCAACAGCGUGUUGAACCCCAUACUCUACGUGAUCGUGGGCAAGAACUUCAGGAAGAAAGUCAAAGAGCUGAUGAAGCAGCUUACGGAGAUAAAAAAUGAUUCGACAAGCGGUUCUACAAGAUCACAGCUCUCCUCCACCUUAAAGACCUUCACAACAUAUUAAGAGCAUUAUGCAUUGAACGUCCAUAGGCACAAAUUAAAAUGAUCAUUUAUAAUGUUUGUUUAACAUGUCAGUUUUGAUGUGUACUAAAAAAAAUGAAGUUGUAAAUAAAUGAUUGAAGUAGGUUUUGCAGGAAAAUACUAUUUCAGCCUGUUUCUGUUUCACAUGUUACUUUCCAUUUCAUCAUAAUUAUCUGUCAAAUUUAUUGGCAAAUAUCAAGUGAAAAUUGUUUGCGUAAAUUGUACAGACCAUCACAAAAUAUUAAGAACAUUAUGUAUAAAAUGUAUAUUAAUUUGUUUGUUUAAUGUGUCAGUUUUGAUGUGAUUUUUAAAUGUUAAUAAAAAUGUACG